AUGUUGCUGGCCAGCAAAGUUUUCUGCCGGCUAUGCCAAAAGAUCGAACACCGUCGGUACACCCUGGAGGCACCAAAGGAUGCACCAAAUAGCAGACCUUUGACUUUGGCCUUUCGCCUGCAUUCGGAAAACCCACAAACAGACCACCUAAGCACGCCCAUUCUUAUCCUUCAUGGUGUACUGGGUAGUAAGGAUAACUGGCGCAGCAUGGCUAAUCGCAUGUCCGCUGAGACCGGACGUCGUGUGUAUUCCCUAGACGCGCGCAAUCACGGCGAAAGUCCACAUUGUUCGGAGCACUCACCUCGACUAAUGGCUGCCGAUUUGGCGGAGUUUGUGUCGCAACACGGACUGAAGAGAGUGUGCGCCAUGGGGCAUUGUAUGGGCGGCAAGGGGAUGAUGAAAUUCUCACUGCACUAUCCCCAAAUGGUGGAACGUGCUAUAUUUGUGGACAUAUCUAUGGUGGAGGAGCCAACCAUGGCCAAAGUGGUAGAAGAAAUCUUUGAUGUCAUCUCAACCAUGCAGUUGCCGCCCAAUAAAAGCCUGCGCGAAGGUCGCACCUUAGCCUUACGGGAGCUUAAGCUCGUCAUGCGCAAUACGCCAGGUGCCGAUAUGAUAGUGAAAAAUUUGCGUAAAGAUUCCAAUACGGGUGAAUUCUACUGGGUCUGUAAUUUUCCGGCUUUGCGCAGGAAUUGGGCAGAAUUAGCCAAUGUUCACAAAACUAUUACGGCUAAGUCGCCAUAUCAGGGUCCUGUGCUGUUCAUUGCCGGCACUCACUCGAAGUUCUUUCAGACAUCACAUAUGGCUGGGAUACGCCAGUGGUUCCCGCAAGCAAAGGUGCAAUGGUUAAAGGCCGGUCAUUUGAUGCACCAUGAGGAUCCUGAAGGAUUUUUGAAACUGGUCCUCGAUUUUCUGAAUGAGGAUAAAUAG